GAUGAAGGGACUGACCCAAAGGGAAAGAGAAAACGACCAAUGCUACGUUAUGCAACAAACGGUAUCAGUAGCAGAAGUUAUAUACAACACCAGCCAUGCCAAGAAUACGACAAAGCUUUGACGCAAGCUGAAGAUUUUACUCGAUACUCGAUAUUUGCAUACACAAAGGCUAUAUGGAGCCUGUGUCAAGAAUCCAUUGUAUGAACGGCAGUGCUCAUUGCCAGUCGCUUUUUCAGAUCCGCAGUAACAAAAGUAUCAAGACAACUCGAGGACAACCUAUUUUUAGUACUGAUAUUAGACAGACAGACUCGCGCCUGAGCACAAGCACUGUAUGAAACCCAUGACUAAAACUAAUGAAAGGCAGGAGAGAGGUUUGGGAUUGUUUCGAGUUGUUGUGUGUGUUGAUCAUAGCAAAUGUUUGCAGGGCCUCAGCCCAGCAUGGUGCAGAAAUAUACAACCAGACGAAUUGCACAACAGGUCCAUACUCCCCAAACCCAAGGCUCAGAUUGCGACCACUCUCUCAAGUCAAAUGUGAACCCAAGCAUGCCAGUGGUCCCAUAGCCGUUUCUUUGAGAGCUAGGCCAGCAAGCAAAGCACAAGUCUACGUUGAUGGUGGCGCCAUGCAUCAUCGCAAUGCUUUAAGCCGGCUUAGCAAAGUCAAAAUUACCAUACG